UCCAUGCUUCGGUCCCCCCACUGAGCAUCCACACACACUGCUCUCAAACUGUGAAAAAGAGUUGCGGUGUGAAGAGUAGUGUCUCUUCUCUUUUAUCUGUGUUUUAUCUUUCCUUCCUCCCUCUAUCCUGCAUAAGAUUCCAAACCUACUUCUUUUUUCUUUUUCAAGAUCUUUUCCCAUUUAUAUUUUAUGUGUUUUUAUGGAGCAUUCCAAAGAUGAGAGGAGGUUUUUCUGUACUGAGACAGGGCAUGCAAAAGUAAAAUAAAAAAAAAAACAAAAAAAAAACAAAACUGUGCAAUGUCUUGGAAGAGGUACGAUUUUCAUGAAGAGACGAGAUGUAUCGGUGAAGAGGAGAGGGAAUACCCUGAGGAAUGGCAUCGUGGGAAAAGGUGGCACUGGAAAGGAUUGGACAACAACCAAGUGGAGAGGAUUUUUAAAGAUGGAGAACACGGGACAAGAAGCCGUACAGGAUAGGAGGAGUGUGGGGGUGGAGGGACAUGCGAUGGCGUGAGGACCGAGGCCGGUGGUUGGUUUGAUCUGAGCCACGUGUGCGUCCGGCGACGUCUCUUCGCAGCUUCAUGGAGGUCAAUGAAAUAUUGGCUUCCCCUGCCACCCGGUUUUCUUCUGUCCUGGACCAGGUAGGUGUUCUGAAAUGAAGACAUGCACAAGUCCUUAAGGAAGAUAUCGAACAGUCAUGCUUCAGUCUGUCACUCUCCAGUGGGUUUGCAGUACAAUAAUUAGUCUCAAGGUACCUAUGAGGCAGACGUUGAACUCCCCAGCUGUUCGGUUACCCGCUGUGGUUGCGUUCAGCGGCUGUUAGGUGAACCCCCGAGACUGCGGAUUCCAGCUGAUCAUUGCUGGCACACAGAAAUGUCAUUGCAUUGCUUGGUAACUGUGGCAGCACAUGUGUUAAGGCAGAGAAACAUGCUCUCCCUCCACAACACCGGGCAGCCAUGAGCCCGGCUCAGCCCCCCUCCACCCUCAGCCAUGUGUGUAACAUUAAGCUGAUAGUAUGUGACUAACAACACCUUGGCAUCAAGCAUCCUGCUGCUUCAUCACCUCAAUAAAACCUUGCCGGACAAUUCAGUCUUAUUUGUGAAAAUGGCCGAGGAGGGUUUCCAGUUCGGAGCGUUGGACAAUGAUGACUGUGCAGAGGACAACAUGCACCAGCCAUCUGAAAUCCCAACGUCACAGCUUGCAUCCCUCCAUCUCAGGAAUGAGGAUGUGGUCAUCAAUGGGCACAACGACCAGAUUGGAGAUAAUCCAGUAUGUUCUGUGAUGACGUCUUCACUGCUAAAGCAAUCACAACAGCAGAUGGGCCAAUCCGAGGCUACGAGGCCUGAGCCUUCACCAGCAGACCAAGAGUUCUUGGAGGCAGAAAUGGGCCAAAAUGACCAUGAGGCUCAGGGCGACACCCUGUCCACGUUUCUGCAGGAUUUAUCCACCACGGUUGAUCAGAAUGGUGCGUUUCCUGCCCUGAGAGCUAAGGACGGAGAACUUCAACCCAAGAACAGCAUAACCAAAGCAAUGGCAGCAUGUAACUCUACCACCGAGGACAACCAGCUGUCUGAUGCAGAGUGGUACUGGGGCAACAUCUCCAGAGAGGAGGUAAACGAGAUGAUGAGAAAUACUCCUGAUGGAACAUUCCUGGUCCGAGACGCUUCCAGUCGGGUCAAAGGGGAAUACACUCUCACCCUAAGAAAGGACGGUUCCAACAGACUGAUAAAGAUCUUCCACCAUGGGGGCAAGUAUGGCUUCUCGGAGCCACUGGCGUUCCCUUCAGUGGUGGACCUGAUCCAGUACUACCAGAAUAAAUCACUGGCCCAGUACAACUCUAAACUGGACACGAGACUUCUCUACCCCAUAUCCAGAUACCAGCAGGUUUCAAUUGAAGUCGACAUAAAUGCAAUCGGAGAACAGCUGAGGAUAUUUCAGGAUCAAUACCAGGAGAAGAGCAAAGAGUACGAUCGCUUGUUUAAGGAAUUCAACCAAACAUCCCAGGAGCUGCAGAGCAAGAGGACGGCCAUUGAGGCUUUCAGUGAAAUAAUCAGGAUCUUUGAGGAAGAGUGUGAAACCCAAGAACGCUACAGCAAAGAAUACAUCGACAUGUUCCUCACACUGAACAGCAGCACAGACACUGAAAAGAUUCAAAGCAACUCUGAUGAGCUGCAGGCAAAGGUAGAAGAGAUCCACAACAGCAAGAAGAAACUGGAGGAUGAGCUGAGGACAAAGGCACUGGUUCAUACAGAGGUUGACAGAAAAAUGAACAGUUUAAGGCCUGACCUUGUGCAGCUCAGGAAGAUCAGAGACCAGUACCUGUUAUGGCUCACCCAACAAGGCACUAGGCGGAGCCAGAUUAAUGACUGGCUCGGUAUCCGGACUGAAGAGGAAGACCCAUACACCCUGGCGGACACCACCCACCAGGAGGAGAGGAGCUGGUAUGUGGGUGACAUGAGACGGAAGGAGGCAGAGGAGCUGCUGAAGGGGAGGAGGGAUGGGACGUUUCUGAUCAGGGAGAGUCAGACCCAGAGAGGCUCCUUUGCCUGCUCUGUUGUUGUGGACGGGGAUGUGAAGCACUGUGUGAUCUACAGGACGGCCACAGGUUACGGCUUUGCUGAGCCCUACAACCUGUACUCGUCGCUCAGAGAGCUGGUCCUCCACUACCGACACACAUCCCUGAUCCAACACAACCAGCAGCUGAAUGUAACCCUGGCCUGGCCCGCUCUCAGCCAGCAGUCAAGCUGAGAAACACCAGCACGCCACGACAAUGGCGCUUUCCUAAAGCUUCACUUUAAACGCCCUGAAGAUGCACCCAUACGGACCGUGUUAAGUUCAGACAGAAUACUGGUUAGUGUUGUCAUCAUUUAAGACACUUCACUACAGUCCCAGUGUUCCAUCUUAGACGUCUGUGAUCCUGCACUACUCUGAUAUCACUGACAACAACAAAGUGUAAAUGAACAGUGGACAAAAUGCUCCUAAAUCUGCCUAAGAAAAUAAUUGGAGUGACUGGGAUAAAAUAUGUAACAUGUGGAUUCAAUAGUAAGACAUACAACUACAGAAAACCUACUUUCUUCAAAAUAAAACCUCAGAGUACUAAGAUUUAUCUAGAAACAUUUAUAGCGACAACUUCAACCAGACAUGACUUGUUGCUUUUACACCUAAACAGCAUAUUCGAUUUUUUUUCUGAAGAAGCACAAAAGAAAUCAUCAAUACUUUAGCACAAUGAAGUUUUUCACUCAUACCUCAUAUUAGUGACUUCAUCUUUCAGUGUCUAAGGAUCCAAACUGAUGCUCUGUAUUCACUUUUUCAGCUCUGAAAAAGGUCACUUUGUAGCAUCAUUCCAAAGCACACAGACAGCUUCACUCCACACUGUAAAAAAAUCACUGCAGCGGUGUUUAGGGUGCUUCGGGGUAACUGAGCUCAGGAUGGGAAUCUGCACUACCUAGCAAAUCUCAAAUCUGCAUGUCGGCUGAUGCAGACACUGAGAAAAACACACAAGCACUUUAUCCAAAACCAGACGAACAGAGACCGGAGCUGCAGACGGGCGACCAUGAAGCCAAGUACACAUUUACUAAACCGACGCUGCUAGGGAUGACGUUUUCAUAGGGACGCAUUCAUUCUGCACUUUUUGUUUAAGAGCACAAAAAUACUAAAAUACCAAACUCUAAAUUGAAGGAUUCAGUUCUGCGUCCAGACGUGGAAAAUUAGUUUUAUGUUAUGUCACACGUUUAAGAGAAUUCAGAUGGAAUAUUUUAGAAAAUGAGACAAACAGUGAAAACUUCCUUUAAAUAUUCCUCGGUGCACGUGCAGGUAUUUACUGUGAAGCCGUAAAUGUGAGGUUUAAAGCACAUAUAAAUCUUUCUGAAUAUGAAUUUCUAAUAGUUUUUGUUUAGAAUCAGUGAUCCAGCAGCUUUAAUAAAUCUCCUGGAGUCUAAUGCGAGGUGUUCGGGUUGAAAAGUGCCUUUAAGUGCUUCUGUUCCAGUCAUAACAUUUCCCUUUGUUUUCAACUCAUGGCUGGUUUUUUGCUGGGUCUUUCCAACGCUGCUCUAAAUAUACAGCAGUGGUUGGACACAAGGCUACAGAAAUAAAAGUAUUAUCGAAGGUAGAUAUUUUCUCAUAGCUUAUUUUGACAAAUCAUAGAUAUUUUUCUGAUUAAAUAGACUAUAUUUGACCACAAGAUACCUCCUUGAACUUACAUCACACUGACAUGACACCAUUGUCCGUAUGUUCGACUGUUACAUACAAGGUUUUCCAAAAUCUAACAUCAAAAUAAUGUUUUGUAGCUUUUUGUUUAUCAUGGUUAUUGUCAGAUAUUCAACCAUAACCUUUAGUGUAGCUAAACUAAAUAAAAACAGUAUGAAAAUAGAACCAUAACUGCAUUAAGCUAUUACUGCCUCGAAUUG